AUGUUUGAAAGUGAGGAACUCGAUGAAAAACAAAUAAUAUUUACGGAUGAAGCUCACUUUUGGUUAAACGGAUAUGUCAACAAACAAAAUUAUCGGUUUUGGGGACAGGAAAAUCCAAACGUGUCUAUUGCCGUUUCUCUUCAUCCUCAAAAGGUCUCCGCGUGGGCUGCAAUUUCUGUAAAAGGGGUCUACCUGCAAUUUUUUGAAGGAACUGUGACUAGUCAAAGUUAUAAAGAAUUAUUGGAGACUAAAUUCUUUCCCCAUGCAAAGAAACGCGAAUUAGUAAAGAACUUCCAUUUUAUGCAGGAUGGCGCGACCCCACAUCGUACACGCGAAGUCUUUGAAUCGAUACAUGAAGUGUAUGGCAACAGAGUAAUUGGAUUAGGAUACCCGAAAUUUGCUCAUGGAGGUCUGGAAUGGCCUCUUUAUUCACCUGAUUUGAACCCGUGUGAUUUUUUUCUUUGGGGUUACCUCAAAGACAAAUGUUACGCCGUCAACCUCAAAACACCGCAGAGCUGA